AUGCCACAACUCCCGCAAGCAGACUCCCUCGAUGUCGAACGCCUUUGGUCGAAGGUUAAUCUUGAUGCACUGCACUAUCGCGUCACUGCCGUAUGCAUCAAACUUCAGUAUGUGUUGGCUCCCGACGGCGCCUCCUUCCGCGGGCUCUUCAUUAUCGACAGGGAGGGUGUCGUGCAGCACUCGACCAUCAACAACAAUGCUUUCGGCCGCAACGUGGACGAGGAAGGGGCUAAAAGCGAGCUCUGA